GAGGGAGCCACAGAACUUAUUUCAAAUUCGCUUAAAAACAAGUUAUUAUGCAAGAAUGUUAUUGUGCGGUGAUAUUUUUAGAUCUGGUUUGAUCGUAAUGAAUAAAAAAGUGGACUGAGUGGUUGGAAAUGUAAAUUUAUGUUAUAAGAACGUGGAGUUGAAGUGUCAAACAUAUUUAUGAAAAAAGAAUUAUUAAAGUAUUUUAAGGCCAAGUAGUGUGACUGUAAGAAGAUGGUAUUAUUAGAAAACGACUCGUUCCUCACAGAGCUCACCAAAUUGUUUCAGAAAGCCAGGCAAAGCGGCUCCGUCACAAUGAUUUUCAAGCGAUAUGAUGGUCAGGACCGUCCAGAACCAAGGGAAGGUAAACCUCCUCUGCCCACGCCUCAAGAACACCUAUGUUUAGUAAGGGCGAAGUCUAGGUCAAAAAAAAUUUCAACAGUGAUUCAUCAAAAGGACAUAAAUAAAUUUCAAGUAGCUUAUAGCAGUUUAUUAAAAGGCAAUUUGGAUGGACUGAAAAAAUUAAAGAAGUCGAAAACAAAAACGAAAGCCGAGUGAUUUGGGAGAUUUUUGUGUGUUCAUUUAUAUUUUUGGGGUCGGAAGCGCGUGUACAGACGGAUAGGAUAAGAAAUUUCAUUGUGUUGAGUAUUUGUAAAAUGUAUGAAAUUAAUGUUAAUUUUGUAAGCUUUUAUUUUUCAUUUGAAUAAAAAAUAAGCAGGUAAA